AUGUCAGGGAGUUUCUGGACAUCUACACAAAGGCAUCAUUGGCAAUAUACCAAGGCAUCAUUGGCGAAAGAGAGACAAAAGUUAUGGUUAUUGGAGUGCCAGUUAUUUCCCCAAGGUUUGAAUAUCGUUAUGGAUUCUAAGCAAAAUGGUAUUGAACAGUCCAUCACCAAGAACAUACCAAUAACUCACCGGGAUUUACACUAUGAUAAGGAUUAUAAUCUAAGGAUCUAUUGCUACUUCCUGAUAAUGAAACUUGGAAGAAGGCUAAACAUACGGCAGUACGCAUUGGCCACAGCGCAUAUUUAUCUUUCAAGAUUUUUGAUAAAGGCUUCAGUUAGAGAAAUAAACUUAUAUAUGCUGGUUACUACAUGUGUAUACUUGGCAUGCAAAGUUGAGGAAUGCCCGCAAUAUAUUAGAACCUUGGUGAGUGAAGCCCGUACCUUGUGGCCCGAAUUUAUUCCUCCCGACCCUACUAAAGUUACUGAGUUUGAAUUUUACUUACUUGAAGAGUUGGAAAGUUAUUUAAUUGUCCAUCACCCUUAUCAAUCCUUAAAGCAAAUUGUUCAGGUCUUAAAGCAACCGCCAUUUCAAAUAACAUUAUCGUCGGAUGAUCUCCAAAACUGCUGGUCCUUGAUCAACGACAGUUAUAUCAACGAUGUUCAUUUACUGUACCCGCCUCAUAUUAUUGCUGUGGCAUGCUUAUUCAUUACAAUUUCCAUACAUGGAAAACCAACCAAAGGAUCAUCAUUAGCAUCUGUGGCUUCUGAAGCCAUCAGAGAUCCUGAACAUUUUAGCUCUCCUGCUCAAAUAGCUUUCAAUCGUUUUAUGGCUGAAUCUCUUGUAGAUCUAGAGGAGGUCAUGGAUACGAUUCAAGAGCAGAUUACAUUAUACGAUCAUUGGGACAAGUACCACGAACAAUGGAUAAAAUUCCUGCUACAUACUUUGUAUCUGAGGCCAGCAUCAGCAAUUUAA